AUGGCACUGGACCCCACAGACCAACAUCUUGGACAUAUUGAAAAAGAUAUUCUGAUCCCAAGGAUGAUGAGAGAAAAGGCCAAAAAACGGUGUUCUGAACAAGUUGAAGAUUUUACCAGAUGUUGCAAGGACUCUGGAUUCCUUAUGGUAGUAAAAUGCCGGAAAGAAAAUUCUGCAUUGAAAGACUGUCUAACUGCUUACUAUAAUGAUCCAGCCUUCUAUGAAGAAUACAAACUGGAGUAUCUCAAAGAAAGGGAAGAAUUCAGAAGAACCGGAGUUCCUACCAAGAAAAGACUACUCCCGCAAGCAUGUAGGCAAAUAGUGAGUCAGGAAGACGCAUAUUAUGGAAACCAUUUGCAAUGUAAACCAGAAAUGAUGAACUCAAACAAUAUUUGUUCACUCUAA